AUGUUCUGGGGGCGUUCACUCUGGAGCCUACUGACAACUGGGAGCUUAUUGGCAACCGGGAGACCAGGUGCAUUAGUGGGGGAUCCCCCACCCACAUCACCCGUGUCUCCUACACACUACCCUUUCUCUCGCGCAGGCUUGGCCAUGUCCCACGUGUCCAGACCUGCCUUCAGCGGGGCCAAGGGUCCCGAGGGACACCCGCAGCAGUCCCAGCCCCUUGGGCACCCGCUGGGUGUCGCGGCGGGGCUGAGCAUGGGGACCGGGGACGCGGCGGAGUCUGUCAUCGAUCCUGACAUGGUGGCCUUGUUCGAGGAUUUCCUGGGGAAAGAUGUCUCGGAGGAGGUGACGAUGUCCUCGGCGGGGGCGCAUCCCCUGGCAAAGCCCUACCACUACGUGGUGCGGGACACGGAGCAGAACGGGCUCUGCCUGCACAACGGGCGCCUGGUGGCCACCAGACUGCAGGGUGCCAACGCCGCCCAGGAAGAACCCAUCAGCGUGGUGCCCAACCAAUACCUGGAGCGCCGGCGCUGUCCCCUCAUCGUGGGCAUCCGUGGUGGCACCCAGGCCCUCUCCUGCGGCACCGGCCCCGAGCCCCAGCUGAAGCUGGAGGUGAGUGUUCCUUGAGAUGGUGGCACCUGGAGAUGGCGAUGGACACCCGGGUGGUGUCCCAGCGGUGACCCCCCCUCCCAUGACAGGAGGUGGAGCUGCUGGACCUGUUCUCGCGGGGGGCCGAGGCCACCCCCUACACCUUCUACAAGACCUUUGGUGGCUCCACGCACACCUUCGAGGCUGCCGCCUUCC